AUGACAAAGACAAUGGGAUCCCGAGGCUGGAGAUGGCUUCUGCUUUGGUGGCAUCAUUUUUUUCUCUUGUGGAGUACAAUAAACGGACAGACUCGUUACAGCAUCCCGGAGGAACUGAAACAGGGCUCUGUGGUAGGAAAUCUAGCAAAGGAUCUGGGUUUGGGACUAUCGGACAUUUUUGACCGUAAACUGCGUGUCGACUCUGAGGCUGGUAAGCAGUAUUUCAGCGUGGACCCGGGGAAGGGCGAGCUGGUGGUGAACGACAGAAUAGACAGAGAGACUCUAUGCGCACAAAGCGCCAGCUGUGUGCUGCCUUUACAGGUCGUAACAGAGAAUCCGCUACAGCUACACCGCAUCGAAGUGGAAAUAAGAGACAUAAAUGACAAUUCUCCCAUUUUUUCAACAGAGGAGCGAUCUUUAAAGAUAGCAGAAUCUACUGCCACGGGCACACGCUUCCCUUUAGAAGCCGCACAGGAUCUAGACGUCGGUAGUAAUUCAGUAAAAUCGUACAUGCUAAGCAGAGAUGAUUGCUUUGGUUUAAGGAUUAAAGAGUUGUCUGGGAAUCGAAAAGUUCCGGAACUAGUCAUAGUAAAAUCGCUUGAUAGAGAGAAACAAAGUGUCCAUCAGUUAUUACUGACAGCUUUAGACGGAGGCAAUCCUUUGAAAACCGGAAGCACAAAAAUCAUAGUGACUGUCCUCGACAACAACGACAAUGUCCCUGUUUUCAAAAGAUCGUUGUAUAAUGUGACUGUGCAUGAAAAUAAUGUCGCUGGUUCGUUACUUGUAAAAGUGGAAGCAACGGACGCGGACGAAGGUGUUAACGGGGAGAUUGAAUACGUAUUUGCGGAGCACGCGCCCCAAUCACUGUUUUCUAUCUUUCAGUUGGAUUCAGGUACAGGUGACAUUUCCUUAGUACGGCCAUUAGAUUAUGAGAGCAGUCCAAUGCAUGAAAUAGAUAUAACUGCAAAAGACAAAGGCCUCCCUGCGAUGGAGGGCCACUGUCGUGUACAAGUAAUAGUAAUAGACAUGAAUGAUAAUGCUCCGGAAAUAAUUCUCACGUCAAAGCCAAACACAUUACGCGAGGACGCACCAAGAGGCACAGUGGUGGCUUUAAUCAGAGCACGAGACCUUGACUCCGGUGAUAACGCAAAAGUGGCUUUAAAACUCCCCAAAGGUUCUCCUUUCAGUUUGAAACCAUCAUUUUCUAAUAAUUAUGCACUCGUAACCAGUGGCGUACUAGACCGAGAGAGUUUCUCAGAGUAUAAUAUUGUGAUAACAGCCACUGAUUCAGGCUCUCCUCCUCUGUCGAGUAAGAAAACGAUAACUGUCAGCAUCACUGAUGUGAAUGACAACCCCCCUGUAUUCACUCAGCCCUCCUAUAAUGUGUAUUUAAAAGAGAACGGGGUACCAGGCUCUAUACUGUACUCAGUUUCAGCAUCGGACCUGGACUUUGGUGAAAACGCCAAAAUCUCUUACUCCAUCCUGGACUCUAAAGUGCAGGACGUGUCUGUCUCCUCGUAUGUUUACAUUAACUCAGAUAACGGCAGCAUCUACAGCAUGCACUCGUUUGACUAUGAGAAACUGAAGGUGUUUCAGAUUCAGGUCCAGGCAAAGGAUCAGGGCUCUCCGUCCCUAAGCAGCAACGCCACUGUCCAUGUUUUCAUCCUGGACCAGAACGACAACGCCCCCGCUGUUAUUUACCCCUCCUCCGCUGCCCUGGGCUCCUCUCCCAUCAGAGGAUGCCCCUCCGCUAAAGCGGGACACCUGGUCACUAAGCUGACGGCCGUGGACGCUGUCGGCCAUAACGCCUGGAUCUCCUACAAACUAGCGGAGGCCACCGACGCCUCUCUGUUCACGGUCAAUCUGUACACAGGGGAGGUGAGGACUAAGCGCGCUGCGUCCGAGCAGGACGAGUCCUCUCAGAGGCUGCUCAUAGAGAUCAAGGACGACGGGGAACCGGUCCAGUCCGCCACCGUCACGGUGUCCAUCCUGCUGGAGGACGGCCUCCAGGAGCCCAUCUUAGACCUCCGACAGAAAGUGUCCGAGCCCAGCAGGAAAACUGGGAGAAUCACUCUGUGUUUGAUUCUCUCUCUGGCCUCGGUGUCCGUGCUCUCGCUGGUGACGUUUCUCAUCUUAGCGGUUAAAUGCACGAGGAGCAGCAGAAGCAGCGACAGUUGCUGCAUGACACGGAGCGACUGUGAUACUUACAAGAACCCCAACAGAAACCUGCAGCUUCAGCUCAACACUGAUGGGCCGAUAAAGUACGUGGAGGUCCUGGGAGGAGACAUGAUGUCUCAGAGUCAGUCCUUCAGGUCCUGUAUGUCUCCGAUGUCAGAGUACAGCGAUUUCACUUUGAUUAAACCCAGCAGCACCACUGACUUUAACGAGGUGAUCAGUGUUCUGGACGCGUCUCUACCCGACAGCACCUGGACCUUUGAGAGCCAGCAGGUGAGCAGAGAGUAAA